CAGAAACAUGAUUUUAUCUACUUUCCCAGAGAUGAGUAGGAAGCUGCUUUGCAUUAACCAAACUGAUAAGAGUCCAGCUGCAAGCUGUUCCUUCAUUAAUUUACCAUCAGAUAUGUGAUGGGAAACCCAGGAACUUUCAAAAGAAGCCUUAUGUUCUCAGCCUUGUCUUAUUUGGGUUUUGAAACGUAUCAGCUCCUUUCUCCAGCUUCUGUGGUUCAUGCCGCAGCCAAAGUCUUCGGAAGUGAAGAAAUCCUCCAGCAGGCUGACUACCUGUAUGAAAGCGGAGAGACGGAGAAGCUCUAUCAGCUGCUGGUCCGGUACAAGGACAGCGAAGACGCAGAGCUGCUGUGGCGGCUGGCUCGGGCAUCCCGCGACCUGGCGCAGCUCCGCGGAGCCGCGGGGGAGGAGCGGAGGGCCCUGGUGUACGAGGCCCUGGAGUGCGCCAGGAGGGCGCUGGAGAGGACCCAGGCCAGCUCCGCGGCUCACAAGUGGUAUGCCAUCUGCAUCAGUGAUGUUGGCGAUUACGAAGGCAUCAAGGCUAAAAUUGCAAACGCCUACGUCAUCAAGGAGCAUUUUGAGAAAGCAAUUGAACUGAACCCGAAAGAUGCUACCUCAAUUCACCUAAUGGGUAUUUGGUGUUACACGUUUGCCGAGAUGCCUUGGUAUCAGAGAAGAAUCGCCAACAUGCUGUUUGCAGCCCCGCCCAGCUCCACCUACGAGGAGGCCCUAGGCUACUUUCAGAGGGCAGAACAAGUUGAUCCAAACUUCUACAGCAAAAACUUGCUCCUCUUAGGAAAGACAUAUCUGAAGCUACAGAACAAGAAGCUGGCUGCGCUUUGGCUGUUGAAGGCCAAGGACUACCCGGCCCGCACCGAGGAGGACAAGCAGGUGUUUCCAUUGCAGGUGCAGACGGAAGCUGCUCAGCUGCUCGCAGGCUUCGGUGUGAAGGACUGAGCAGCUUGGGAGACCCAGGGAACACUGCCCUCCUGUCAAUUACAAGUUGUGAACCGCACUGCCCCUGGCUGGUCUCCGUUUUUCUAAUGCACCACAUUCUUCACAAACAGCAAGGCUAGAGCAGUAACCACGGGAGUGGCCGAGCAGUCCCAUGGCUUGCGCCGUUCCCAUGUGCUGGGACACCAGUGGUUCCAGAGGGGUGGCCUGGAGGACUGGCCUCUUGGGAUGGAGGGGAACUGGCAGGAACGCUGUGAGGCGGGCGUGUGCGCGACCUUGCGGAGAAGGGGCAGCGAGUCAGGCUGGGGUUGGUGUUUUGGGUGUAAAGCAGUGACAUGGUGUGUCUGGGAGCCAGGCCGCCUGAGGAGGGAACCUGGGUCGUGGGGAUGGGAAGCCAACGGUCUCCGUGGGUGAUGGGACGGGCCCCUGAUUGGGCUCACCUGUGACUUGACAGCACACGCCUGCUCCAUAAUGGAGCUUGGUGAAAUGGGACAUGAGGUGUCUCAGGCAGA